GUGGCUGCUUAAGUUGGGUCAGCUGUGCUGCGCGUCAGUUGUCUGCCAAUCAUACACUACUUCCGGCCUGUGCGUUCCACCUUACUUCCGGUAUAUGCGGUCCACACGCUUGAAGGGGGGGUUUAAUUUUUUAUGCAACCUCCCAGUGGCGGCGGAGAUCAGGAUUACACUGUAAUGCGAGUGUGAGACAUACAGCAACCGUCCCUUGUGUCAGGAGGACUGAGCAGGACCCAGAGCCCCAUCACUGUGCCUCCACCUCAAUGACCAGAAGAUCCUGGAACUCAUCUACAAGAUUAUUCAGCUACUGACUGGAGAGGUUCCUAUAAGGUGUGAGGACGUCACCGUCUAUUUCUCCAUGGAGGAGUGGGAGUAUGUAAAGGAACACAGGGGUCUGUACAAGGACGUGAUGAUGGAGAAUCCCCGGCCCCUCACAUCACUGGAUGGGGCCAGUAACAGGAAUACUCCAGAGAGAUGUCCCCAUCCUCUUUAUUCAGAGUAUUUUACAGAGGAGAAUCACAGGAUCCCACAAGAGGAUCAGGGCGAAGAACUGACUGAUAUAAAGGCAGAAAAUAUAGAGGGCGAAGAAGAGACGGAUGUGACUGAUAAUAAUGUAGAAAUUAUAAAAGGAAAGGAAGAGACAUGUGUAAUUGAUAUAAAGAGAGAAGAAGAGAUUUAUGUGAUUGAUAACAAGGCAGAAAACCUAAAGGAAGAGGAGACAUAUGUGUGGGGUGAUCAGCAGUAUAAGGAGGAGGAAAUUCCUACAGGUAUCAGCACAGUAGAUGAAGAAACAAGCCGAAAUACCUUUGAGGGAGAUCUCAUUGUGUCCCCAGAUUUUAAAAUAGAAGAUAACACCAGACAAGAUUCUCCAGGAGAAUACCCCAUUGCCCUAAAUAUACAUCCAGUACGUCACAGUGCAGAUGUAUCAUCUGGUCCCUCAAAUCAUGAAGAAUGUUCUGCAGAUAAUUCAGAUCUUGCUAUACAAAGUACAGCUCAUAAAGAUGUUACAUUAUUAUCUUGUUUUGAAUCUGGUAAAAGUUCUAUAUGUCAGUCAGUUUUUGUUAAACAGAAACCAUUUCCAUGCUCUGAGUGUGGGAAAUGUUUUACAAGGAAAUCGCUUCUUGUUGCACAUCAGAGAGAUCAUACAGGUGAGAAACCAUUUCCAUGCUCUGAGUGUGGGAAAUGUUUUACACAGAAAUCAGAUCUUGUUAGACAUGAGAGAAUUCAUACAGGCGAGAAACCAUUUCCAUGUUCUGAGUGUUGGAAAAGUUUUACGGAGAAAUCAGCGCUUGUUAUACAUCAGAGAAAUCACACAGGUGAGAAACCAUUUCCAUGCUCUGAGUGUGGGAAAUGUUUUACACAGAAGUCAAUUCUUAUUACACAUCAUAGAAGUCACACAGGUGAGAAACCAUUUCCAUGCUCUCAGUGUGGGAAAUGUUUUACACGGAAUUCAGUUCUUGUUACACAUCAGAGAGGUCACACAGGUGAGAAUACAUUUCCAUGCUCCGAGUGUGGGAAAUGUUUUGCACGGAAAGCAAAGCUUGUUAUACAUCAGAGAAGUCACACAGGUGAGAGGCCAUUUGCAUGCUCCGAGUGUGGGAAAUGUUUUGCACAUAAAUCAGUUCUUGUUACACAUCUGAGAAGUCAUACAGGUGAGAAACCAUUUCCCUGCUCUGAGUGUGGGAAAUGUUUUUCACAGAAAACACAUCUUGCUAGACAUAAGAGAAUUCAUACAGGAGUGAAUCAAUUUACAUGUUCAGAGUGUGAGAAAUGUUUUAGAAGAAAAUCACAUCUUGUUAUGCAUCAGAGAAUUCACACAGGUGAGAAGUAAUUUCCCUGUUCAAAUUUAGAAAAAUGAUUAAAGUCACGUAUUGUUAAACAAUUGUUCACACAGAUUUUCCCAGGUGAAAAUGUGUAAAUUGAAGGUGUUUUUUUCUAUAGAACAGAUUUUUUUUUAAGCAUAGUAUUUUUCCUGGCACUGUGUCUCCAUUUUUUUCUCCAUUAUAUAAAUGCUUGAGCUGGUGUUUUAUUGUUCA